GUGCGCGGAGAUGGCUCUGGACAAGGUCUACUCGGUGCUGGAAGUGUUCUUAAUAACUAUACUGGUGGUGGAAGGAAUUGCUGUGGCACAGAAGACUCAAGGUGGGCAGAAUAUUGGAGGCAACCGUGUGGCAUCUACCCAGUGCAGUGACUGGGUACGAACAAGCAAUGGAGGCCACUUCACAUCACCGAACUUCCCUAAUUUGUAUCCACCCAACCAGGAGUGUGUCUAUAUUUUAGAAGCUGCCCCACGCCAAAGGAUAGAACUGACCUUUGAUGAACCGUACUAUAUAGAGCCCUCAUUUGAAUGUCGAUUUGAUCACCUGGAGGUUCGCGAUGGACCUUUCGGCUUCUCCCCACUUAUUGAUCGCUACUGUGGUCCAAAAAGUCCUGCCCUAAUUAGAUCUACAGGGAGGUUUAUGUGGAUAAAGUUUACAUCAGAUGAGGAGAUCGAAGGAGGGGGAUUUAAAGCAAAAUAUUCAUUUAUACCAGACUGCCAGUUUGAGCUCUCUGGUGCUGACGGGAUUGUGCGUUCCAGUCAAGUAGAACAGGAAGAGAAAACAAAGCCCGGGCAAGCCAUUGACUGCAUAUGGACAAUUAAGGCUACUCAAAAUGCCAAGAUUUAUUUGAGGUUUCUGGACUACCAAAUGGAGCAUUCAAAUGAAUGCAAGAGAAACUUUGUGGCUGUGUACGAUGGAAGCAGCUCCAUUGAAAACUUGAAAGCAAAGUUUUGCAGCACCGUGGCAAACGACGUGAUGCUUCAGACUGGAAUCGGGGUGGUGCGGAUGUGGGCCGAUGAAGGCAGUAGGCUAAGCAGAUUCAGAAUGCUCUUCACAUCAUUUGUGGAUCCUCCUUGCUCAGGCAGUACCUUCUUUUGCCAUAGCAACAUGUGCAUCAAUAAUUCUCUAGUCUGCAAUGGCAUUCAAAACUGUGCAUAUCCUUGGGAUGAAAACCACUGCAAAGAAAAGAAGAAGACGGGACUAUUUGAGCAAAUCACCAGAACCCAUGGGACAAUAAUUGGGAUUACUUCAGGGGUUGUCUUGGUUCUCCUCAUCAUCUCAAUCCUGGUGCAGGUUAAGCAGCCACGGAAGAAGGUGAUGGCAUGCAAAACCACUUUCAACAAAACUGGCUUCCAGGAGGCGUUCGACCCUCCUCAUUACGAGCUCUUCUCAUUGAGAGACAAAGAGAUUUCUGCCGACUUGGCAGACCUGUCCGAAGAACUCGAAAACUACCAGAAAAUGAGGCGAUCUUCGACCGCUUCCAGGUGCAUUCACGACCACCACUGCGGCUCUCAAGCCUCUGCGGUGAAGCAAAGCAGGACCAACCUCAGUUCGAUGGAACUCCCUUUCCGCAAUGAUUUUGCACAGCCUCAGCCAAUGAAGACCUUUAAUAGCACCUUCAAAAAAAGUAGUUAUACUUUCAAACAGGGUCACGAGUGCCCGGAACAGGUCAUAGAAGACAGGGUGAUGGAAGAGAUCCCGUGCGAAAUCUACGUGAGGGGUCGAGAGGACGUGGCGCAGGGCUCCUUGUCAAUGGACUUCUAGUCUCAUUUCAAAAGUGAGAUGAGUGUAUGUAAAUAUUAUAUAUAUAUAUAUAAUAUAUAUAUAUAUAAAGUUAUAAUUUUCAUGUACAUAAAUGUAUCAUAUGGGAUUUGG